UACUAAGAAAAAGAAUUGCAUCUAAGGAUCUGGCAACAGUUAACUCAAUAUUUUUGAGAGAGCUCCCACCAGUGGAUGAUAACGAUGCUCGGCUAGCUCUCAAAAGGUUGAUAGAAGUUAGUAUGGGAGUAAUAGCUCCUUUAUCAGAGCAGCUAAAGAAGCCAUUACCCAAUGCCAUGUUUCUUGUCAACCUUAAGGAGCUGUCUACUGGUGCUUACAAGCUUUUGCCAGAAGGUACACGCUUGGUUGUCUUUACGUGGCGAUGGGCCCUGUGAAGAAUUGGAAAUUCUCAAACAUGUUGAUGCCACAAUGAUUCUUCAUGUUCUACCCCUUUCAGAGGAUAAGAUUGGCAGAGUGCAUGCAGCAAGGAGAUUAUUUGAGUAUCUUGCAGACAAGGCUUUGAGUGUCCCUGUGAUUCACCAUAUUCAGUUUCCAAAAGGGGUUCGCAGGGAUGAGCUGGUCAUUGGUGCUGGUACAGAUGCUGGAGCUUUUUUAGUAGAUGGUCUAGGAGAUGGUGUCCUAGUAGAAGCCCCAGACCAGGAUUUUGAUUUUCUCAGGAAUACAUCUUUCAACUUACUACAAGGUUGCAGGAUGAGAAAUACAAAGACGGAAUAUGUCUCAUGCCCUUCAUGCGGAAGAACUUUGUUUGAUCUUCAAGAGAUAAGUGCAGAAAUACGGGAAAAGACAUCACAUUUGCCUGGUGUCUCGAUCGCAAUCAUGGGUUGCAUUGUGAAUGGCCCUGGGGAGAUGGCUGAUGCAGAUUUUGGGUACGUCGGUGGUGCCCCUGGAAAGAUUGACCUUUAUGUUGGAAAGACGGUGGUAAAGCGUGGAAUUGAAAUGGAGCAUGCCACUGGCGCCUUGAUCCAGCUGAUUAAAGAUAAUGGCUGCUGGGUAGAUCCUCCUGCUGAAGGGUAAACUGAUAGAUAGUUCCAGUUCCACAAUCUUAGAAUAAACAAAGGCAGAAAUCCAUGAUACAGCACAACAGUCAAUCACUACAUCGGAAAAUAUACCUGUCAAUG